GGAAAGGUCACGCGUGGGAGUACAUGCUUUCCAAAGCUUAGUCAGCCACGGCCUGCGAGGCUCCAGUAAUUACGCCAAUAUCGAGUUUCCGAACUGGCAGGAUCAUCUUGAUCUCGAUAUUUUGACCACGCCGCGAUAUAGCUAUCGGAUCACACAUCUGGUUUGAAUUAUCCCAACCAACAAAUUGUCCAUGGCAAACAUCGUAGCUGCAAACCGCGAUCGCCUCCUCCAAGCUGCAGUUGAAGCAAAGACGUUUGCAUACGCUCCUUACUCUAAAUUCCGUGUGGGAGCUGCUCUUCUCACUGAGGACGGCGAAAUCAUCAAAGGUGCCAAUAUCGAGAAUGCCUCGUAUGGUGGUACGAUCUGUGCAGAGCGCACUGCGUUCGUAAAGGCAGUAAGCGAAGGCAAGCGUAAGUUCGCGGCGCUCGCUGUCACGACCGACGUCGCAUCGCCAAUUGCGCCUUGUGGGAUCUGUCGCCAAGUAAUUCGCGAAUUCUGUUCCCUCGACAUGCCCAUCCUACUGGCUGCAUCUUCCUACAAGGAGAACGAAGAUGGGGUACGAGAAUCUACUCUUGGGGAAUUACUUCCAUAUAGUUUCGGACCUGAAGACUUGGAAAGAGACCGAGGUUAAGCUUCCCUUUGAUACCUGCUUGAACUCAUCUGGGUCGUGUACAAUACCAUGUGCUAUAGGAAUGUUAAUGAAUGAUUGUAUAGUCUUAUGAGAGGGAACGACUGAGAACUUCUUCAGAGUCUAGGCUCUCGCCCG